AUGGGGGUCAGGGUUCUCUCCCUGCUGAACCUGACUCCUGACCCCUGGCCCCAUACUUUCAUCAGGAAGCCGAGUGCCUACAUUUCAGCUAUCCUGGAGUUGAGUUCCCUCGUGGUAAAGCGUUACAAUCAGCCACUUCUAUACUGGGAUGCCCUGUACUAUCUCACCAGCCAGGGAAGGCAUUUCUCCCAUGCCUGCCAUCUGGUGCACGAUUUCUCAAAUGCCGUCAUUCGGGACCGACGGCGUAUCCUCGCCCAACAGGGGACUGAGGCCUUCCUCAGGAACAAGACCAAAAGCAAGACCAUUGACUUCAUAGAUGUUCUCCUACUGGCCAAAGAUGAAGAUGGAAAGGCUCUGUCAGACAAGGACAUCCAGGCAGAAGCUGACACUUUCAUGUUUGGAGGCCAUGAUACAACUGCAAGUGGCAUCUCCUGGGCCCUCUACAACCUGGCCCAGCAUCAGGAACACCAGGACCGCUGCCGCCAGGAGAUACAAGAGCUCCUGAGAGGUCAUCAACCAGAGGAGAUUGAAUGGUCAGUGUGGGCUGACAGUAAGAAUGGAACCCAGAGUGGGGAGGGGGAACCAUGAGUGUGCUGAAGCCAGCUAUGACUGUUGUCAAAGAGCUCAAUGUCAAAUUUCCAGUGUCAGAAAUCACCAAUCCCUACAAAUCAGGGUUUGAUUUCUUGUUUUGUUGACUGUCUAGACUUAAGAAGGUGAGGGAGAAAGAGUUCCUGAUGCAGAAUAAACUUAAAAGAGUAUGAGUACAUACAUUUCCCUCCCUGCCUAAUCUGGUUGUUAAAUAUUUACCAGCACACCCCUGUAUUGUUCUAUAAACAUUGUUUGAAUUCAGCAAGGCUACAGUAGAAGGCUCAGGGAAUGAAGCCAUCCCCAUGACUGCAGGCUCACAACAAAAAUAAUCAACAUUUAUAUUGCAUUUUAAGGUCUGCAAAGUUCUUUGCAUCCAUGAUCUCAUUUGCACUUCACUUCACCCCAGGGGUGAACCCUUAGGAACAGAGACACAGAGGCCAGCCUGUUGCUCCAUCUGGCUACAGCCCAGUGUUCUCCCCUCCUCAUGUAGGUUCCUGAGGCUUCUGUUGGGUUUCUGGUUAACUUUCCCCAGCUAGGAUUCAGACCUCAAACCCUGGGCUACUUCUACAUCCAUGACCCACCUUUGAAUCCUGUCCUUCCCCUCCCCCGAUUAGUAUCCUCCAAAGUUUAAUAUAAGAGCCCUCUGACCUCUGGUUAUCAAGGUCAACACUCAGACAUUUUUCCACCCCCUUCACAGAAUUUUUGACACCUAGGGCUUCAUGGUCACUGAGUAUCAGGGUCCUAUAGACUUUGCCUGUCCCUCAACCCUUGAUUAUCCAGGUUUUAGAUGUUAACAUUGUCGCCUCUGC